CCUGUUCAAUCUUAACUGUGUUGGUCUUGGUGAUGGUUGAAAGUAUGCUAAUUUCUUCGAAUUUCACUCUUCCCAGCACGAGUAUUCAAGGCAAGAUCAAUCCACUCUCACCCUGCAUCACUCUCCCGCAGCUGCAGGUUCGCCAUCGCUCUUAUUCCUGGUGCAGCAGCGUCGGAUUGAAGAGGAAUCUCGUCAAAGCUAUGCAGCAGAAAAUAACAAUUCCGAACAAGCGUGGGGAAAAGCUUUCAGGCGUGUUACAUGAGACUGGCUCAGAAAAUCUUGUAGUUCUAUGCCAUGGUUUUCGAUCAACAAAGGAAUACACUAUCAUGGUCAACAUUGCUACUGCUUUAGAAAAUGAAGGGAUCAGUGCAUUUCGCUUCGAUUUUGCUGGAAAUGGGGAAAGUGAAGGCUCUUUUGAGUUUGGUAAUUAUCUGAGUGAAGCCGAAGACUUGAGGUCUGUGGUUGAGUACUUUAAUGGAGCAAAGCGGUCAACUGCUGUGGUUCUCGGGCACAGUAAAGGUGGGGGUGUGGUUCUCUUGUAUGCGUCUCGAUAUCAUGACAUACCGGCCGUGGUGAAUCUCUCCGGCCGUUAUGAUCUCAAGAGAGGACUUGAAGAACGGCUUGGUAAAAAUUUUAUGGAAACACUGAAGAAGGAUGGAUACAUUGAUGUGAAAAAUAGAAAUGGUGAAGUCGAAUAUAAAGUCACUAAAGAAAGUAUGGAGGAGCGACUCAAUACAAACAUGCACGAUGCAUGCCUUUCAAUCGACAAGAACUGCAAGGUAUUGACAGUUCAUGGAUCAGCCGACGAGGUAAUCCCAGUAGAAGACGCGCAUGAAUUCGCCAAGAUCCUCCCCAACCACAAGCUACAAAUCAUAGAAGGCGCGAAUCACGGAUAUUCUUCGCACCAAGAUCAGUUGGUUUCAGUCGUAUUGCCCUUCAUAAAGGAAUGCGCACAACCGACGAACAAUAUAUCCAAAUAGGAUCUUAUUCUUCAAGGAGAGGUGAUUUAUGGACUUCGACUUGAAAGUGAAAAUGUUCGUGGUGUAUUGACUAUUAAGCGACGUUGGUAGUUUGAAAAUUUCGAUAGAAAAGCUCGAGCUUGCUCGUGACCGUUCGACUCAUCCUUGUUAUAAAAGCACUCUAAUAAAUAUUAUUCAGGUAUCGGGUCGGGUAGCCAUCCCCUCAACUUUAACUGUACUUUGUGCACUCAGAUCAUAGGCGGAGCAUUUUCAACUCAUAAUUUUAUUUUUGUAAGAAUUAUAAUAUAUUUACAUAUUUGCCGAAUAGAAUUUGACUUAUCUCCAAUCAUAUUAU